AUGGCACCUUCACUGCCGGCUUCUAUGUUAUUGGUGAAAACGCAUGUGUCUUUGCUAUCUGGUUCAGCCACCCACCUCAAUAUUCGCCGAUCUCGAAUGUGCUUUGGACAGCCAAUCGCACAUAACUUAUCACACCUAAAUCAGCCAAUAACGUCAAAGGUGGAUGUGUAUAGCUAUGGGAUUGUUUUGUUGAUGAUAAGGGGAAGGAGUCCGACGGUGAUGGCAAGUCAGAGUGAAGAAGGAGAGGAGGCAGUGAACGGGAGGCUUGUGCCGUGGGUGAGAGAGAAGAAGAAGAAAACGACGUCGGAUCGGGAAGGGUCAUGUUGCUGGGUAGAGCAGAUAAUGAAUCCUGCCAUUUCAUCAAAGUAUGAGAUUGAGAUGAGGAAGAUAGAAGCUUUGGCAAGUGUGGCUUUGAAGUGCAUGGAGGAUGACAAAGAUGAAAGGGCCACCAUGAGCCAAGUUGUAGUAAUGCUUCAGAGCCAUGAAGACGAAGCUUCUUAGUCAUGGCGGCUAAGAAAUAUAUAGAUCUUUAUGUGCCGUCUCUUUGAAUUAAAGCGUGCUUAUUCUUUGUUAUAUAACAACUGGAUGAAUAAUUUCCUUCUAUACCCCUCCUCCACACACACUAUAUAUGUUUGUGGGACCCUUUUAUAUCAAUAAAUGGAAUACCAGAUUUUCUCUGAA